CACGCCGCCACCCAGCCGCCCGGGCCGCCUCUUAAAGGGAGGUGGCCGGCCUUAAAGGACCCCCGCCCGCCCAGCCGGCGGGAGCGUGGCGGCCCGGCUCCCGCAGGGCCGCGCCAAGCCAGGCGAGCCCCCGCGGCGUCCAGGCGCGGGCCCAGGCUCCCGCCGUCGCCGCUGCCGCCGGGCGCGGCAUUUUUAUUCAGGCGACGCUUAAGGGAGCCCGGCCGCGCCCGGUGCAUUGUGGGAGCGGCCCGCGGCCCGUUUUCGGGAGGAGGCGGAGGGCGCAAAGCGAGCCGGUGGAUCCGUAAAAAACCCAGCCAACCCGCAGAGGGAGGGCAGGGGCUGAGCUGUGAGGAGAGCGGGCCCCAGAACCAUGUCUACGCGGGAGUCCUUUAACCCGGAAAGUUACGAAUUGGACAAAAGCUUCCGGCUAACCAGAUUCACUGAACUGAAAGGCACAGGCUGCAAAGUGCCCCAAGAUGUCCUGCAGAAAUUGCUGGAAUCUUUACAGGAGAACCACUUCCAAGAAGAUGAGCAGUUUCUGGGAGCCGUUAUGCCAAGGCUUGGCAUUGGAAUGGAUACUUGCGUCAUUCCUUUGAGGCAUGGUGGGCUUUCCUUGGUUCAAACCACAGAUUACAUUUACCCGAUCGUAGACGACCCUUACAUGAUGGGCAGGAUAGCAUGUGCCAAUGUCCUCAGUGACCUCUACGCAAUGGGGGUCACGGAAUGUGACAAUAUGCUGAUGCUCCUUGGAGUCAGUAAUAAAAUGACCGACAGGGAAAGGGAUAAAGUGAUGCCUCUGAUUAUCCAAGGUUUUAAAGACGCAGCUGAGGAGGCAGGAACAUCUGUAACGGGCGGCCAAACGGUGCUAAACCCCUGGAUUGUCCUGGGAGGAGUUGCUACCACUGUCUGCCAGCCCAAUGAAUUCAUCAUGCCAGACAAUGCAGUGCCAGGAGAUGUGCUGGUGUUGACGAAACCCCUGGGGACACAGGUGGCAGUGGCUGUGCACCAGUGGCUGGAUAUUCCUGAGAAAUGGAAUAAGAUUAAGCUAGUUGUCACCCAAGAAGAUGUAGAGCUGGCCUACCAGGAGGCGAUGAUGAACAUGGCGAGGCUCAACAGGACAGGCGGCCUUCUGAUCUGUUUACCACGUGAGCAAGCAGCUCGGUUCUGUGCAGAGAUAAAGUCCCCCAAAUAUGGUGAAGGCCACCAAGCAUGGAUUAUUGGGAUUGUAGAGAAGGGCAACCGCACAGCCAGAAUCAUAGACAAACCCCGGAUCAUCGAGGUCGCACCGCAAGUGGCCACUCAAAAUGUGAAUCCCACACCGGGGGCCACUUCUUAAUCUAGACAGAAAUAGCUGUUUGGUUUUGUUUUUAAAUAGCUCUAUUUCCUUUAUCAUCACUUCAAUUAAAGACUAUAAACAACAAAAAUCUCAUUGUGUCUACACAUCGGGUGACCUUAGGUUGGUUUGUAAGUGGAUACAAUUAAUAAAAUAAAAUCCAUUGCCUUUUCUCCCUGUUACAUUAACUGAAGAUGCACCUAAUCUUGAGGCAGCUUCUGAGUUGAGAAUUAUAUUGUUAUCCAAUACUGUUGAUUCAUUUUGAAUCUUUAGACACUUAUCUCUUGCCGCAUAGGCUCUUUUUAAAGGUGCUUUCACAUAGCACAGACAUUACCAAUAGUCAUGUCAGAUAGCAGUUGAUGUCUUUUCAUUUUGUGUAUAUUUAUCAUAUAAGUCCGAUUUUUUUUUAAGUGUCUUGAAUGGUUUUCUGGAGAGACGGCAUUGGUAAGUGGCACAUGACGGUAUACCAGUCGUAAGAGGGUUGCAUGAUUCCCUUGAGUCUUUGGUUUGGAAAGCCUAGUCUUGUCUCUCAAGAGCAUCUUGGACCCAGGACAUUCUCCAGUAGUGCAUUCAGUUCAACACAGCAAGUGCUUCACUGCAUGGAAAACACUUUGAAGACAAAAAAGAAAUCUUGUUUCUUUUUUUGUAGCCUUCCUGAUAUUUACAGUAAUACCAUUAACUGUUUUCUUUAUCGAUAGCAAAAAAGGAUACUUUUUGCAAUGUAAUUAGAUGUUCUAUAGUGCUACAAGGAAUUGCCUUCCAAAAGGAGGUUCGUGUAUGAUACCCAUUUACAAUUCAAUAUAUAAUUACGCAAAUAAUUUUUAAAUAUGAUCAAUAAUAAAGACUGUUCUGUGGAUGGUAGUGUUUAAUACAUUUUAUAUUUUGUAUAGUGAUUUCAGGCCUUUUGUUUUCUUAAGAUCAGCAGCUACUUAGCCUAAUUCUUAGCAUUAUUUUGUCCUUUGCGCCAGUACUUUUUUGUGCACGCUUUUUGUGGUCUGUGUUAAAAACCUGCAUUGCCAACAUUGCAGCUCGAACUUAAACUUGUUAUUCAAAUAAAUAUUUAAUUUUUUAAAUUGCUCUUGUAUAAUCAGAUGCCCCUUUUAGUAUUAUUUUAGAAGCAUUAGAGGGUUUGCCUAAAGUACAAUUUAUUGGGAAAAACUAGAUUUUAGUUUUAUAAAACUUCUAAGUCUUUCAUGGGACCUAUAUUUUCUUGAAUUGAAUUUUGUAGUUCUAGAAUAAAUAGGCAAUCUAAAAAGGUGUUAUCUGUGUUUCAUAAAGAGGAGGCUUCCUUAUAUUUUAACCUACUAAGCGAUGAGGAGGGAUUCCUGUCACUAAGCACAAGGGCGCUGGACCCUCAAGUGCCCGUCUUCAUCUGAGAAAAAGCAGCACAUCCUGCACGUUUCUGGUGCUUCCUGCUCACAGGCACCAAAGCUGCACUUGUAAACUGACUUCUUGCCAAAGGAAAUGACCUCUGGGAAGAUGAAGCUCCUGGAAUAGGCUGUAUCUGGGACACGCCCUCCUCCAGGAACCAGCGGGCAGCCUUUAUGCAUGCACACCUGGACCUCCAGCCAUAAGCAUGGUGUGCAGUCUGGAAGAACCUGCUACGGAACUGCAAUUGACUGGACAUUUUAAAGGAAUUGAUACAGAUGUUGGUCCUCAAAAGCUACAAACCAGUGGUCUGCAAAAUAAAAUCUGUUGGAAACCUCUGAGUAAGAUAAA